GAAUAUAAAGCAAAUAUGAAAGUUGAAAGUUGAAAACCAACCCUUUUGUAUUUUAUUUCUUUGUUGCUCUUCCUAUCAUUCCAUUCUACUGUACAUUUUCCUUUACCACAUUCUCUCUCUUCUUUCAAUCCAAAGUGCACAAAAUAGUUUCCAAUGUUUUGAGAUGAAAAAGGUUGGUUUGGUUGGUUUUGUAGAGUAAUGAGAGAGUGACUGAGUGAGUUAAGUCACAGCACAUGGAAGAAGCAGAGAAGGAGUUAGAGAGAAGAAGCAAGUUUCUAAACAGUUUGAUACAGAACAAGAAGAAAGCAACACAACAACAACAACAACACCAACAAAAACAACAAGAUCAAGAACAAGAGCAAGAGAAACAACAACAUGAUAAAAACAGUAGCAUUCAUGUCAGAGCUUGUGACAUGUCUCUUACUUUGCAGAAACACGCCUUCCAAUGUGCACGUGACCAUCUUGAUUCUAAGCCAUCCAAGAAGAUUGACAGUAAACAUCUGGCAUUGGCCCUUAAGAAGGAGUUUGAUUCUUCAUAUGGACCAGCUUGGCACUGCAUUGUAGGAACUAGCUUUGGUUCCUAUGUUACACAUUCUGUUGGUGGUUUUUUGUACUUCUCCAUUGAUAAGGUUCAUGUCCUUCUCUUCAAGACAGCUGUUGCACCAUUGAACCAUUCAUAACCACCACAGCUAUAUGUUAUGCAUCCUUGACGAAAUUCAUUUCAAUAUUCUAAACUAGAUGAUAUGUAGAAUUAUAAAUCGCAACAUUUUACUGAUAUUUUGUCAUGUAUUUGAUGCACUUAUAUUUGAAAUUUUUCGCUAUUGCUUCGCACGAA